AGGAUUGCGAAACAAUCGGGUCAACAACAUGCGGGUUCAAUGUCACGGACCCGCGUGCUGCGCAGCUAUCAUUAAUGUAGCUCCCGUGGACGACAACCGUAUUAUUUGAGGCUUCAAGCUUGUUGGUCAUCAUGGCGGCGUGUGGAGGAUGUAGGUUCUUUGUCCUGACUUUAAGAACUCUCAGUGGAACGUCAAGAUCUGCAUCACCCUGCACUCUGCCUUUAACUAAACACAGGACUUUAUCCACCUCUGCGAGAAGUUACUCUCUAGACGGGUCAAGGAAGACCCCGGCUCAGGUCGGCAAACCAGAGCGAAUUUCUCUCUCUUCAGGAAGCCUUCAGAGGAACCUCUCCGCUGUCGCCGUGCCCCUGCAGGGUCAGUUUCGCCCCCUCUGCCGGUACGAUCCUUUAGAUUUGGGCGAUGUGGAUGAGAACACGCAGAAAGCGUUGGCCUGUAAACACCUGAGACGGUUCAUCGUAGACCCUGCCCUCGCACAAAUCGUGACAGACCACCUCGCUGGAGACAUCGAUGAAGGGAAAGCUGUUAUAUUUGAAUGUAACCCAGGUCCUGGGGUGUUGACACGCGCUCUGCUAAACCGUGGGGCACAAAGAGUAGUUGCCCUGGAAAGCGAUACAAACUUCCUUCCUGAGCUGAAGCGCCUGGAGAACAAACUGGAAGGCCAGCUGGAUGUGGUUCAUUGCGACUUCUUCAAACUGGAUCCCAUCGGCAACGGCAGCAUGAAACCUCCCGUCAUGUACUCAGAGAAGCUCUUCUCCGACCUUGCCAUCUCCGAGGUUCCUUGGUCUGCAGAUGUCCCAGUCAAAGUUGUGGGGAUCUUCUCGAAAAGAAAUGAGAAGAACCUAAUGUGGAAGCUGAUAUACAACCUGUUUGAGCGCCACUCCAUUUUCCACUAUGGACGUGUGGAGUUGAUCAUGUUCAUCAGCCAGAAAGAAUACGCAAAACUAGUUACCUGUCCAAGAAAUUAUAAGAACUACCAAGCUUUCGGUGUUCUCUGGCAGAUGGCCUGCGAUAUUGAGUUACUGCACGAGGAGCCGUUGUCAUCAUUUUUAACUGUAACCAAGAAGAAUGCAAAGUCCUCCUCAAAGAACACUCAAUCCCAGAGUGAUAAUCUUUGCUUGGUGCGGAUAACUCCACGUGAAGACUUGUUUAACUCUCACCUGACUCCCUUGAACGGCAGCACUCUGGUUUUGAUGGUGAAACAAUGCCUCGCCAAAAGGAAAAGGAGACUGAUAGAACAAAUUAACUCAUGGAGCCCUGGCAGUGGAUCAGAGCUCAUUUCAAAGCUGGGCUUAACUGACAACACAAUGACAGGAGACGUUUACCCUGAUGAGUUUAAGCAUCUGUUUGAGCUAAUGGAGCAGUCCGGAAACUUCGCUGAGAGCUGGCUUUAUGAGGAGACUCUAGAAACCAUAAAGACUGGUCUCGCAUAACAUUGCCAUUGCCAUCAUGCAGAGCUAAUCAAGGAUGAACUACAAAGGACACUGUUUCAUGUGAAAGAGACAGCUAAAAAAGAACACUGCAUUGCUUAAAGAAACCCAAAUCCUUAAUGAUGACUAAAUAGACAGACCUUACAUUUUGAUAAAGUUGUAUUUAGUCAUAAAAUGUGGACCCUGGAUGAAUUCUGAGACAUUGUUUUGGUGUCAAAAAGAAGAUACUGUCACAUUUUCAGAGAGGUAUUGUCGCCAUGCUUAAGCCGUGAAGUCAAUAACCAUUCAUUGCGUACUGCAAGUACACCAGAUACCUUCUUGAUCUCCUUGAUGGUGUGUAGAAAAAAUCUCAUUUGAUAUUACAGGAAUAAAAAACUCCUUGCAAUUCUAAUAAUUGCAUUACCAAACCCAUUAAUGAUGUAAAUGUUCAAAACAUUCUUGUUUUUGUCAUUUUUUUGAAUGUCUGUUGUAUUUAAAUAUUUGAAUUUUUAAUAAACCACAAAUAAAUGACUACGUUAAAGUAUCUGUCUAUCAGGAUAUUAUGAAGAACCAAACCUGUGGAAAGAAAUGCAAUAAUAGGACAAUAAAUUACUUGCUAAAAUUAUUCAAUAAA